UAUUCUUCCUUUCACGUUACAUGUGCGUUGUUAGUUACAAUUUUUUUCCUUGAAAUUACGUUCUAAUUAAGAGAAUAUAUCAGUUUGCCAAGUUCUAACUACGUUUUUCCAGCAUGGCAGAUGAAAGCAGCUUUACGGAAAAGCAAAAAUCCCACAAAAAACGAUUGGCAGGUGUGAAAGCCGACAAGAAGAAAUCCAAAAACAAACCGACGGACAAGGGCAAAAAUGUUAAGGCAUUUGCCAUCACCAAAGCUCGCAGUGCCGAGAAGCGAUUCCGCAGGAAGGAGGAUGUACUGACCAAGAAGCAUCAUAUCCCGCUGGUGGAUAAGACACCAGAAGAACCUCCACCGGUAUUGAUUGCUGUGGUCGGACCACCCAAGGUCGGGAAGUCAACGUUGAUCAAUAAUUUGAUUAAGAACUUUACCCGAACCAAUGUGACCAACAUUAACGGUCCAAUUACGAUCAUCACCUCCAAGAAGCGAAGAAUUACGUUGAUCGAGUGCAACAAUGAUAUCAACAGCAUGAUCGAUAUAGCUAAAUGUGCAGAUUUGGUCCUCCUGAUGGUCGACGCCAGUUUCGGUUUUGAGAUGGAGAUAUUUGAGUUCCUGAACAUCUGCCAAGUGCAUGGGAUGCCCAAGAUUAUGGGCAUUUUGACCCACUUGGAUACGAUAAAGACGGCCAAAGCCGUUAAGAUGCAGAAAAAGGUUCUCAAGCAUCGGUUCUGGACUGAAGUGUACGACGGUGCGAAGCUGUUCUAUCUAUCGGGGUUGAUCCAUGGGGAAUACGUGAGAAACGAAAUAAAGAACCUCGGUAGGUUUAUUUCGGUGAUGAAAUUCCGACCAUUGUCUUGGAGAGGAGCCCAUAGUUACAUUCUGGCCGAUCGUAUGGAAGACAUAACAAAUUCAGAACAGAUUCGACUGGAUCCGAAAUGCGACCGUGACGUGGUUCUGUACGGUUACGUACGGGGUGUUCCCCUUAAGAAGGAGAACAUGGUGCACAUAGCUGGUCUGGGCGACAUGAAAAUCGAAGAGCUCAAUUCCCUGCCGGAUCCGUGUCCACUGCCAUCGACCGAGAAGAAGCGCAAUCUGUUGGAAAAGGAACGGCUUCUGUACGCACCGAUGUCCGGCGUGGGGGGAAUUGUGUACGAUAAGGAUGCCGUCUAUAUUGAACUGCAAGGUUCGCAUAGUCAUAAGAAAGCCGUGGAGAACAGUGAGCAACAGGAACUAGUCAAGUCGGUCAUCGGAAAAAAGGAAACACUGGAUGUGCAGAUCGAGAAUCAAGAGUUCAGGCUGUUCAGCGAUGGUGAUGUUAUCAAAUCUCGAGAGUUUCAGAUUAAUGACGACCAAAAUAAUGAUGAGGACAGCGAAAGCGAUGCGGAGAGCGAUCAGGACUCCGGCGUCGAAGAGUCUGACGAUGAGACUGGACGUGUUGCACGAACGGGUUGGAAACCUGAAGAUCAAUCGGAAGACGAGGACCAGGAUGAGGAAGAAGAUGAUGAUGAUGUGAAUGAUGCCUCAGACGGGUACGGGACCAAAAAAUCAAGUGGAUUUCUUUCUUCCGAUGAGGAAGGGGCGGAUGAUGAAGUGGCGUCCAAUUCAAUGGCGUGGAAGGCAGGACUGGCAUCCAAAGCGAGAAGUGAUUAUCUGGAGAGGCAGGCGACCAGCAAGAAUCUAAUGAAAAUUGUGUAUGGAGUUUUCAGCAAGUUCAAGAAAGAUCGAGAGAAGAAAGAGUUGGAAGAAGAUGAAGAAAAUCAGGACGAUGAUUUACUUGGAGGAUUGUUCAAGAGCGUAGCCCAGAAGCAGGCGGAGAUUUUGAAGAAGAAAAGCAUUCAGGAUGUAGAUGAAGGUUGCUUUUUUGAAGAGUAUGCUGAUGGUGUGAGAGAUUGGACCGAAGAAGAGAACAAGAAGUUGAUUAGAAACUGCUUUGUAACGGGCAAAUGGAAAGCUUCCGAGGAUGCUGAAGAAUUACUCAAGCUAGAUGAUAUGAGUGAUGGAGAUGAUGAGGUUUAUGGAGAUUUUGAGGAUUUAGAAACGGGUGAAAAGCAUGCUGGCCAGCCGACCAGUGGUAAGAUGGACAAUGGCAAAGAAAAGUCAGACUCGAAGGAAGAAGAGAAUCCUCUCAAGAGGAAGCUAUCGAGGAUAGAGGAAAAGAACAUGUCAAGGACUGAACUGAUGGCUAAGAAAAUGAAGUUGAAGGCAAAGUUUGAUGCUGAAUACGAUAAUCCCGAAAAAGAUGAUCAACAUAUAGAAGGAGAUCAUCAAUACUACGAAAAACUGAAAGCUGAUGCCCUACGGCAAUCCGAGCUGAACAAGAAGGAAUUCUCCAGUCUCGAUGAUGAAAUUCGAUUGAACAUAGAAGGAUAUCGAGCGGGACUCUAUGUCCGCCUGAACUUUAAAAAUGUUCCCAGCGAGUUUGUGGAGCACUUUGAUGCUCAAUAUCCAGUGCUGAUAGGAGGGCUCAACAUGGCCGAGGAGAAUGUAGGCUACGUUACCUGCAAAGUAAAAAAGCAUCGAUGGUAUAAGAAGAUUCUAAAAGCUGGCGAUCCGUUGAUUAUUUCUCUUGGCUGGCGACGUUUCCAGACUAUUCCAAUGUUUGCCAAGGUCGAAGACGAUCUGAAGCAUCGCUAUCUUAAAUACACGCCCAACCACGUAACCUGCAGUGUGACAUUCUGGGGGCCAAUAACUCCGCAGAAUACGGGUCUGCUGGCGAUCCAAUCCAUUGCAUAUGAUCAACAGGAAACGAAACGACUUGGAUUCAGAGUUGCCGCCACCGGAGCCGUCAGCGAAAGCGACAAGUCUGCCCAAAUAAUGAAGAAGCUCAAGCUCAUCGGCACACCGUACAAAAUCUACCAGAAGACGGCAUUCGUCAAGGGAAUGUUCAACUCAACCCUGGAAGUGGCCAAAUUCGAAGGAGCGAAAAUCAAAACCGUUUCCGGCAUCCGAGGUCAAAUAAAGAAAGCCGUGCCACCCGAGGGAAGUUUCCGUGCCACGUUCGAGGACAGAAUCGUACUGAGCGAUAUAGUCUUCUGUCGGACCUGGUUCAAAGUGAACGUCCCGAACUUCUACGCACCAGUGACGAAUCUUCUGCUCCCACCGGAAAAGAAGAUCAAAUGGGUCGGUAUGAAAACUUUGGCCCAGCUGAAGCGGGAAGGGAACAUUCAAUUCGAGGCCAAGGAGGACAGUUCGUACAAGCCCAUUGAAAGGGAAGAUCUUCAGUUCAGGCCGUUGGUGAUUCCGAAAAGCUUGCAAAAGGCGUUGCCCUACAAGGAUAAGCCGAAGCUCGGACCGAUAAAUCCCAAGAAACCGCUGGAGCGCGUUGCUGUUGUCCAUUCGCCCCACGAGCAAAAGGUUAACAAGAUGAUGACGAUGAUUAAAACAAAUUUUGAAAACAAAGAAGAGAAGCGAAAACAGCUGGCCAAGCAGAAGUCAGAAAAAUACAAAAAGCAGAAAGUCGACAACGACUUCCGGAAACUGCAACGUCAGAAGGAGCUGAAGAAGAAGGUCUUCAAAGCGAUCAGCAAGAUGGAAGCCAAACACCAGAACAGUGCCGCCAAAGGUGGUGGUGGUGGCGGAAAAAAUAAGUGAUUGAAUAAGAUUCAGUUUCAUUUGAUUAAUUAGUUUACAAUAUUUGUUUCUGGUAAAUAAAUAACAACAUUUUAUAUUUAUAAGCCUGAAAUUACA